AUGAAAUGGCUUCUGACCAUCUGGAAAUCUAGGAAUCCAGAAGUUGAGGAGCUGAGCCCAUGCCAAGUUUUGCAAUCAAGUUAUCAUCAAUGUCCCCAGGAGCAAGGACUCAGUGCAGAAGUAGCUGAAAUGAGAAUUCAUCCUGAAGCAAUGCCACAUUUGGACAUGAACUUGAGAUGCGAGGCUAAUUCAAUAGUGGUGUUUGCCUCUACAGGCCUUGCUUUUACACCAGACAACUGCCCAAGGCCAGCCCCAGAAGGGGUGAUCCACAACAUCAGACUCAACCAGCAAGCAUCACCUUAUGAUCUGAGUCCUCAUAGAGAAAUUCUGAAAUCCAUUUGUGAACUUAUGGCAUCCAAACCUGGACAUCCAGAUACCCUGGAGGAAAAGAAUGACAAUAGCAGCUGGGGCAGCAGUAGCACCUCUGGAUUCAUCCUCUUGGGACUAUCUUCAAACCCGCAGCUACAGAAGCCACUCUUCACCGUAUUCCUCAGCAUGUACCUAGUUACCCUCCUCGGGAACUUGCUGAUUAUUCUGGUCAUCCGCUCAGACUCAAGACUUCACACCCCAAUGUAUUUCUUCUUGAGCGUCUUGUCCUCCAUUGAUAUCUGCUUUACCUCUGUCAUUGUCCCCAAGAUGCUGGUCAAUUUCCUAUCAGAGACAAAGGCCAUCUCCUACAUAGGCUGUCUGGUGCAGAUGUACUUCUUCAUGGCCUUUGGAAACACAGAUAGCUAUCUUCUAGCCUCCAUGGCUAUUGACCGCUUGGUAGCCAUCUGCAAUCCCUUACAAUACGCCAUGGUCAUGAGUCACGGGCGUUGCAUCAUUUUGGCAGUGGUUUCCUGUGUGAUCUCACACCUCCAUGCUCUGCUACGUGUGCUGCUCAUGUCCCGUCUGUCUUUUUGUGCCUCUCAUGUCAUCAAACACUUCUUCUGUGACACCCAGCCCGUGCUGAAGCUUUCUUGUUCUGACACCUCUUCUAGUCAGGUUGUGGUCAUGACAGAGACGCUGGCUGUUAUUGUGACCCCCUUCUUAUGCAUAAUCUUCUCCUACCUGCGGAUCAUUGUUGCCAUCCUCAAAGUCCCCUCGGCAUCAGGAAAAUGGAAGACCUUCUCCACUUGUGGCUCCCACCUCACCAUUGUGGUUCUGUUUUAUGGAAGUAUUAUCUAUGUCUAUUUCCGGCCCCUGUCUAGCUACUCUGUGGUCAAGGACCGAGUAGCCACAGUCAUGUACACAGUGAUCACCCCCAUGUUGAACCCUUUUAUCUACAGCCUGAGGAACAAGGACAUGAAACAGGGCCUGGGGAAGUUGAGGGAUAGAAUCAAGUUCUAG